CCCCACGAGGCUGCACGCUCAGUCCAGACAUCGCGUAGUUCAUCUCGUCAAGCACCGCAAGUUCAGGAGGACGACCGCGGCAGCAUGAGCAAGAAGUUCAAGUCACAGGCCUCCGCCUCGAGCGCUCGUGCUGCUUCUGCUGCCUUUGGAUCGUCCUCGUCCCCCGCCUUCGGCUUUGGCGCGCCGUCCCCGGGAUUCCAAACUGCGCCCUCUUCGCUAUCCUACGUCGCUGAACAACCAGAUCUCAGCAUUGUCUCGAAUCCGAACCUAGUUGUCUCCCUUCGAAAUCUUGGCAAGAAGGACAGCACUACAAAAGCCAAAGCGCUUGAGGAGGUACAGGAUUAUGUCAACUCGUUGACCUCGGGCGACGACAUUGAUUCGGGCCUCCUGGAAGCAUGGGUCAAUUUAUAUCCACGGACUUCCAUGGACAAUGCACGCAGAGUCCGCCAACUCGCCCAUGCCUUGCAAGGCUCCCUCACUGCUCUCGCCGGCAAACGGAUGGCACCUCACCUACCAAAGGUGAUCGGAGCGUGGCUUUCUGGCUGCUAUGAUAAUGACAAGUUGGUGGCUCGGACGUCACAAGAAUCGGUGGCAGCUGCGUUUGCCACAGAUGAUAAGAGACGGGCGCUGUGGAAAGUUUACAGGAACGCCCUCCUUGACUACGCCGAUGAUGCCAUCUUGGUCCAGACACCCCAAACCUUGAGCGAUGAACGGUCGACCACGCCAGAUGAUUCAGAGGCGAAGUUUGUUCGAGUAGCUGGAAAUGCUAUGCAGAUGCUCAGUCAAGCUAUCAAAAUCAAUUUCGUCCGAGAAUCGGGAGCCGGCAAGCCUGACGUUCCUGAGAGUUUUCGAAGGAUUGCAGCGGACAGGAGACUUUGGGAAUAUUCGUCUCACGACGACCCCAUUCUUCGAAGAGCUGUCUGUAACCUAGCCAGCAUAUGUGCAAGUGUGAUUCCUGGACAACUGGAUUGGAAAAUCAUGAGUGCUUGUUUUAUUGGCAGAGCUUUGCAUAGCAGCCAGUUAGGUUCGUCUCGCCAACUGUCAGAAGCGCUUCUGACUCUCACCUCAGUCCGGCCGGAGGUAUGGACCACGGAUUAUUCGUCGAAAACACUGGCGUCAAAAAGACUGUUCCAGUACUUUCGGAAAGGCUCACAGCGAGGUCCGGCGGAUUUCUGGUUUGACAUCGCCUUGCUCCUCAAGAAGAUUCCAGUCGAAGCCUGGACCGCCCUCCCCGAGGAUGGAAAAGUCCACGUCAAUGACGCCACAACAUUACUUGAGUCAUUGCGCGCGGGCAUAACCAGCAGUGAAGAACCCCGUCCAAACCUCGAAGCUGCGUGGUCCGCUUACGUCGACGUCUCUUUCUGGGCACUCCACUUGUUAGGAGAUGACCGGUCCAGAGAAUCGCUACUGGAAAAGGAUGUCCUGCCCUUGGCCAACCAAUACGUUGUUCAAGAUCCUAAGCAAAGCGCCUGGGACAUUCCGAUUACAUGCAACGUCAAGAUUGCGGCAUCGAUACUCAUAAGUCUAAUCCGUGGCGAUUGCUACUCCUCAUUCGAGAAUGCAUGGGUUCGUUACUGUGAGCAACUCAUUACUAGCAUGAAGCUAUCUCUGCCUGAAAACUCGCAAGAUUUUACGAAAUCACAGGACGCCGUGAUUGCGCAAGUCCAACGGAUUUUCCGCCUUAAGCCCCUUGUUGUUGGGGCCGAGUCUCUAUCGCCGGCCGGCAAGUCGCAUGCAGCGGACGUCUUUCAAGAAUCAGAUCGCCUGCUGCUGAAUGCUGCUUUGCAGCUUUUGAAAGCGCGUAACGGCAAGCCAUAUGGAGCAGCCGCUGUUCUCGAGGCAGUCACUGCCCCUAUGGAGACAGUAACGUCCAGUUUAUUGGGAGAAUUCCUAGACUCAGAUGCCAUCGACCUCCUUACUAGUCCGUCUGCAGAGUAUCUAUCCUUGAUCCUGCUACAUUUCCAUCGUAAUCUGGCGCAAGCAUUCACAAAGUUGAUGGAUACAGAAAAGAAUGCCGCGGCCAAUGCACUUGCACGUCUUUUAGGUCAAGCUUCCGAAGAUGAUCUCUCACAGAAUCCUGCAAUCCAGCUCUUUAUCAUGCGCCAGAUAUCAUCACGACUCGACGACGGCUUUGCACAAGAUAUCGUGAGAAGUAUAUUGAUGAAUUCCAAACUUGUUCGGUCCAGUCUGCACACGAAUUGUUGCCAAACGAUUCUAGUUCAGUUAUCGCCGGGGGCCGACUCUGCGUCACAGCUCGCAGUUCUUCGCUUCCUCCUCAAUACAUCCAGCGACCCUCGGUCGUCAUUUCUCUUCACUGACGAUAUAGGAAGCAUGAUCCUCUCGAAGCUGCUCGUUCUCUCCGACUCUGACAACGUGGAAACAGCCGAAUUGGCAACCUCGCUUAUAGCCAAAAUCAAAACAUUGCCUGCUGGAGCAUCGUCUACAGUAGCUUCUUCUACUGCUGUCAUUGCAGAUCAACUUUCCGGGAGCGGCAUCCCUCUUUCCAUCUUCUUAUUGAUUGACCUCGCCAAAGACACACUCAAAACUUCGCCGUCACCCGAACCUGGCGUGACCACCGCCCUUAUGCCAUCUGCUACUCAGUGGAAUGCUGCUCUCGAAGCUCAUAUGCACACUCCACCACCUCUGUCACUUUCAAUCACAAACCCACUUCACGGACUUGUCUUCAUGAUUCGGCCGGUGGACCCUGUCACAAACAAGAAGCGAUUCAAAGACCCCGAUGGAUGCUCUCUCCUAUUUCGGCUGGUUCUUUACAUGACGAAGAUGCUAUCAGACACCGAGUUAAUGGCCCUCGCAUCAGAAGAGCAACUACAAACGCUCUACACUUACUAUCCCCUUGCUCUACAAUUCGUCAAUCAGAAGUUGACCCUGGAGAUUGCAAGUGAUCUCUGGCAAAGCACGAGCGAUGAGGUCACGGAAGAGGCUGCUGAAUCACUUGCGCAAGGAAAUUCUUUCGUUCAGAAAUGGGCUCAAGAUGAUAAGAUGCUUGAAAUUUGGAUCGAAAAGAUUCGUUCGACCAAGCUUUUAGACCCGCAGGCUUUCUACUACAGCUUGACGUUUACCGACAUAGGGUUGCGUUCCAUCGACGAACAUGGGCAUGCAUCAAUCACGUCCCCAAUGAAGGAGGAAAUAAAUAGCAUGUACCGAUUGGAAGAGGUUGCGCGGUCGGCAAGUCUGAUUUGCACGUGUCGGGACUAUCUCAUCGGCUCACCACAAGGCCAUAAACUACUCAACGAAUUGAUUACCGCAGGAACCGACUUGAAGAUUCCUUCGACAGUCGAAAAGGGCUUACCGGCACUGGUACUACUAGACCUUCUCCUAGGUGGACAGUCUAAACCCUUAGAGACCAUUUCUAGUCCACGACAGAUCUUCCUGAUGCAAACUCUAGAGCGCGUGGCUGGCGAUGCCUCUGCUAGUUUGGCUUGUCAAACAAUGGCCAUGAAACUUCUCGAACCAGUUGUUACGGCUACCAAAGACAUCUACGGGGACCAUUGGGAACGCAUCCUUCAAACCUUGGCGACCAUUUGGCGGAAUGGCAGUGACCUGAACAACGAUCUCCCUCUCCUACAUGCCUCACUUCGUGUAUACGAGCGUUUAAGAGAACUUGCCAGCGCUGAAGAUGCAAAUGAAGACUUGGUUGAAGCCUGGGAAGCCUCAAGACCGUCUCUGGAAGAGGGACUGCUACACUGUCUCAACAGCUUCAAUAAACCGAGCAACGAGGUGAACCAACCCCGCCAGAUUACGGCUGAACUGCUUCGAAGACAUCUUUCGCAUAUCAACGUGCGACCAGAUGCAGACUUGUAUUCCUUCUUAUCGUCGCCGGAAGCUCCGGUACGGAGGGCUGCUUAUGACCUUCUGCAUCGGUCAAUCCCCUCCGAGCAGGAGCAGACCUCGCUGGACGUUGCGCUUGAGUCAAAAGUUGCUCGUCUCCCAUCCGAACUUUUGAGUGUACUAUUGGAUACGGCAAACCCUUCCGCGUCAGGGGCCGCGGCGUCGCGGCAGAGUUAUCUGCUUUCCUGGCAUUUAGUCUUUGAUCACUUUCCGACGGCGUCGUACGCUCUCCGGGGCUUCUAUGCCACCAACAUCAAAGACAACGCUACUCUCGGGAGUCUCCUUGACUUGAUUUGCGAUAUUUGCCGGAUCCCGAGUGGCCGCCCAAUUGAUGCGUCGAAGGUCGACAUCAAAUCCUUUGAACUUGAUACCAACGAAACAGAUGAACAAGAGCAGCUGCAUCUCGCUAUGCACCUUUAUUAUUGCUGUCUAUUGUAUCUUCCUGGACUCACACGAAGUUGGUUCAUUGAACAAAAGAACCGUAUCAAGUCACCGUUGGAGAGCUGGACCCAGAAAUACUUCGCUCCAGCCUUGAUAUCCGCCGCAGCUGCAGCAGUCAGUGACUGGAUACGAAGUCAAUCCCAAGAGGAAACUGAUGCUCCAUUGACGGUUAAAACAUCACUGAGUGGUUCCGAAGUGGUAGCGUCGAUUGCGGUAGAUCCCGAGUCGCCGCCCAUAUCUUUAGCGAUAUCUCUGCCGAAAACCUACCCUCUGGACUCCCCAACCGUGUCCUCCCGCACUAGAGUAGGUGUCUCGGAGAAGAACUGGCAAUCGUGGUUACGAACCUUCCAAAUCAUCAUAUUCAGCACUGGCAGCAUUAUCGAGGGCCUCAUUGCCUUCCGGCGCAAUGUCCAGGGCGCGCUGAAGGGCCAGAGUGAGUGUGCCAUCUGUUACUCAAUCAUUGGGACGGACAUGCAAACCCCUAACAAGCGAUGCGGAACCUGCCGCAACACCUUCCAUGGGGCUUGUCUCUUCCGAUGGUUCAAAAGCUCCAAUAGUUCAAGUUGUCCUCUGUGUCGAAACAACUUCAAUUACGCCUGAGGGAAAGUUGUGGGGGAUUUUUGGAAGCCUGGGAGCCGCCAGUGGACGGAGUUGACUUGCUGCCUUGACCACCAAGUUCCAAUGCGCCAAAUUUUUAUGCGCAGCUUCCUGGGCUGUGCCAGAACAAUUGCAUAAGUCCUAUAUCGUGAAUGACACGGCUUUAACGACCCAUCUGUUACGUGACAUAGAGAAGUCCGCUAUGCACCAGGAUACGCAGCUUUGUCUCUUGCUCCGGUUCAGAAUACAUUUUUAAUCAGCCUGAAGCGUAACAUUAGAGAAACUUUCACCGUGAAUGGUGUCUAUGUGGAUGGCUCGCCGCAGGGACUUGAUACUCUGACCGGCCUCUAGAUUGGGUCAUUCCCAUAUGUAAAGAGUGUAUUACCUAGGUAGCUCAGUGUGUUACCACAUAGCAGACAGAUGCUUCCACAAUAGCUCGAAACACC